AUGACGAGACACAGUUCUGUCAAGAGCGGAAUGGGCAAUCUUACCAUCGGCUUACUUCCAAUUGUUUGCCUACUGACAGUGGGAUUGGUGGAAGCGUUCUACCUUCCCGGGUUGGCUCCGGUAAACUAUUGUCGCAAAUCUGAAAUGCAAAAAUCAUGCAAGUCCGAGGUAACGCUUUAUGUGAAUCGACUAAACACGGAGGAAUCGGUGAUUCCGUACGAGUACCAUCACUUCGAUUUCUGUCCCAUCGAUGAAGCAAACUCGCCGGUAGAAAACCUCGGGCAGGUAGUAUUUGGCGAACGCAUCCGUCCGGGACCGUACAAAAUUCAAUUCCUGGAGGAUGUCAAGUGUGCGAAGGCUUGCGUGAAACAUUACAAGGGUGGCGAUCCGGAUAGUGACCAUCGGUUGAUGGUGUUGAAGAAGGGUAUGAGUUUAAAUUAUCAACACCAUUGGAUAGUGGACAACAUGCCGGUCACUUGGUGCUAUCCGCUGGAAAACGAGCGCCAGUACUGCAGCACCGGUUUCCCGAUGGGCUGCCUGGUACGUCGCCAUCCAGAUGGAGAGGAAGGUUGCAUUACAAAUCCCAAUUACAAUCGGGCCGGUUAUUAUUAUCCGUUCAAUCACGUCGAUUUGACCAUUACGUACCACAGCGGAGCUACCGAGGAAUGGGGAGUGGCAUUCAAACAGAACGGUGGACGCAUCAUCUCGGUGAAGGUGGUACCGUCGUCCAUUAACCAUAAGGACCCGAAUGAGCUGAACUGUGAGAGUAAGGAACCGAUCGAAAUUCAAUCCAGCGCGCUGCCGAAUGGCCAGACUCUGGAUAUCGUGUACACGUAUUCGGUACACUUCACACAGAACAACAAGAUCAAGUGGUCUUCCCGCUGGGAUUACAUUCUCGAGUCGAUGCCGCACACCAACAUCCAGUGGUUCAGCAUUUUGAACUCACUCGUCAUCGUGCUGUUCCUUUCGGGCAUGGUGGCAAUGAUUAUGCUUCGCACGCUUCACAAGGACAUUGCGCGGUACAACCAGAUGGAUUCCGGCGAGGAUGCGCAGGAAGAAUUCGGCUGGAAGCUGGUGCACGGCGAUGUUUUCCGACCACCGCGCAAAGGCAUGCUGCUGUCCGUGUUUCUGGGCUCGGGUAUACAGGUGUUCUGCAUGACGCUCGUUACCCUAGCAUUCGCGUGUCUCGGAUUCCUAUCGCCGGCUAAUCGGGGCGCCUUGAUGACGUGUGCCAUGGUAUUGUUUGUACUGCUUGGUACACCGGCCGGGUAUGUUUCGGCCCGUAUCUACAAGAGCUUCGGUGGUAUCAAGUGGAAGAGCAACGUUCUGUUGACGUCUAUGUUGUGCCCUGGCGUCGUGUUUGGAUUGUUUUUCGUAAUGAAUUUAAUACUUUGGAGCAAAGGAAGUUCGGGUGCAGUGCCGUUUUCCACCCUGAUAGCGCUACUGGCCCUUUGGUUUGGUGUCUCCGUUCCGCUUACUUUCGUUGGAGCUUAUUUUGGUUUCCGGAAGCGGUCUUUGGAGCAUCCGGUGCGAACAAACCAGAUUCCACGCCAGAUACCGGAUCAAUCCAUCUACACGCAACCUAUUCCUGGCAUUAUUAUGGGCGGCGUGCUACCGUUCGGGUGCAUUUUUAUACAGCUAUUCUUCAUUCUUAACUCGUUGUGGUCAAGCCAGAUGUACUACAUGUUUGGUUUUCUGUUUCUCGUGUUUUUGAUCCUCGUGAUCACUUGCUCCGAGACGACGAUUCUGCUGUGCUAUUUCCAUCUGUGCGCCGAAGACUAUCACUGGUGGUGGCGAUCGUUUCUAACGUCUGGCUUUACCGCGGUGUAUCUGUUCGUGUACUGCUGUCACUAUUUUGCCACGAAGCUGCAGAUCGAAGAUGCUGCCUCGACUUUCCUGUACUUUGGUUACACGCUGAUAAUGGUUUUUCUGUUCUUUUUGCUAACCGGUUCGAUAGGUUUCUUUGCCUGUUUCUGGUUUAUUCGCAAAAUCUACAGCGUAGUGAAGGUGGAUUAA